AUGAGCAAAUGGCCGCCAAGUGCUCGGUUCCCGUUUGGCUACGGAAAGGUUGAUACUCUUGCUGGUUUCGCCAACGGAGUCUCUCUACUGAUUAUCAGCAUGGAAAUCAUAUUCGAAGCACUAGAAAGGCUUUUCUCUGGGAGUCAGCUGAAUAGACUUGGAGAACUAUUUAUAGUAUCGACACUUGGACUCGUUGUCAAUAUGGUUGGAAUUUUUGCCUUUGAUCAUGCCCAUCAUCAUGCACAUGGACAUAGCCAUGGCCAUUCCCACGAUGAUCACCACCAUCAUCACCACAAUGAAAAUAUGCAUGGUAUAUACCUUCAUAUUCUUGCUGAUGCUUUGGGGUCAGUAGCUGUUGUUAUUUCUACUGUCCUGGUUCAUUUCUUUGGCUGGCCUGGAUUUGACCCUAUCGCAUCUUGCAUGAUUGCUAUCCUCAUCUUUGUUUCAGCCAUUCCACUUGUUAAAAGUACAGCCAAAACCCUUCUUCUCGCCGUUCCAGCAGACGUGGAAUACAGCCUUCGCGAAACUCUCGCCGGAAUUAGUGCUCUUCGUGGCGUCGUCGGGUAUACCGUCCCCAAAUUCUGGCUUGAUGAUACAAAUAUAGAUAAGAAACAUGACCAUAGUCAUGGCCAUUGCCAUGGUGAUCACGACCACCAUGCACAUGAUGAAAAACACGACACCACGGUUACGAAACAUGAGUUACCUGAACGUCAUACUCACGAACACUCGACCCAGUGUGUGCAUGGCGUAAUUCAUGUCAUCGCCUCUCGCAAUGCUGAAGUUGCUGAUGUCCAGCAUCGAGUCGUGGAUUACCUUCGUGGACGCAACAUGAACGUUUUGGUGCAGGUUGAAAGGGAAGAUGAAAGCAAGUGUUGGUGUGGUGGAGGCAACAAGUCCAUCUCGUGA